CCGGGCUGGCGCGAGUGCGCGCGCGCAGAUUCGUGCGCAGGUUCGAAUCUCCUGCGCUUCGCGGUUGCUCGCCAACGUCUGGGCCGCACCUCCGCGGUAGCGAGGGCAGCGCGCGCCGGCUGCGCCGCCCCGCCCCCUCCCCGCUGUCCACCUGCCUGUGGCCUCCUCAGCCGACCGCGGCCUAGCCCUCCCUCGCGCGCUCCGCCCCCACGGUAUCGGCGCUCGGCCUCCCGCGCCGGGCCGGCUCCGCCCGAGCCUCUGGGCCCAUGGCCAAGCGGCGUGCGGCCGAGCCGCUGGCGUUCCACGUGCCUUGGAAGCGGCUCCUCUGCGAUUUCUCGGAGGAGCCGCCUCCGCCGCUCUGGAUUCCGCCGCCCGGGGCUUCGCAUCCUGGGCUGUCCCGAAAGCGCAAAAUCGACGCGGGGGCCAUGGCAGAGCCUUCGGCUUCGCCCAGCAAGCGCCGCGACAGCGGGGACAGCAGCGCCCCGGGCGGCGAGGAGCGUGAGGACCACAGCCUGGACACCGUCGAGCCGUCGCUGUUGCAGCCGUCCUUACGGCCCCACGGCCCGGGGGAGGAGUCCCGCGCUGCCCGGCCCCUGAGGGGCGGUGGCGACGAUGGGGCGGGACGCGCAGGGUCCCCUCGGGGAGACUGGGGGGCCGCACCGCUCCAGCGCAAUGAAGAAUUUUGGCAGUACAAUACCUUCCAGUAUUGGAGGAAUCCUUUACCACCUAUUGAUCUGGCAGAUAUUGAAGAUGUAAAUGAAGAUAGCCUGAUAGAAGCAACAGUUCAGGGCAAGAAUGAAGUGGCUGAGAUCGACAUGGAGUCCUGACAUAAGGAGCUGAAGAAAUGGGCCUUGCUGAAUUUGAAGAGACCUGUCUUAGUGAAUUCAUGUAUUCUUAGGAAAAUUAUUUUCCAUACUUGAUAUGAUAUUUCCAAACUUGAAAAAUGAAGAAGAGUUGUUUUGAAGAUAAAUGCCUGCAGUUACUACUGAACUUACAAUAGGGGAUUUUUCAGUUGUAGGGGAAGUAUCUUACGUGUGUGUUGUUAAAGAAAAAAGCUCAUCUUGAUUCUAAACUUGAAGCUAUUCAUCUUAUAAAAAGAAAUUCUGAAAGUUUUAGCAAUAUAUGGGAAACACUCAAAUAUUGUUUUAUAACUGUUAUUAAUAAAAUGCUUUCUAAUACAUUUUAUUGACUCUUCUUAGUUAAACAAAAUAGCUGACUAUGCAAACUUAAAAUGUGGGAGAUUCUGAAAGCUAGUAUUGUUUUAAGAACUUUCUAAUGAAAAGUAGGAUUUCACUUUUGGUAGCAUGUUUGCAUAUCUUUCAAUAUUUGAUGUUUGUUAAGCUCUACUGAGGGCAAUCAAAAAUGGAUAAAGAAUGAUGAGAAAUGAGUUGGUGCCUGCUCCUUCCCUGUUUAUCAAGAUAAUAGGAAAGAAAUGUACCCUGUGAUCAGUUUCUUGGUUUUGAAUUGCUGUGAGGACAUGAUUUUUAAUGCGUAUUACUUUAGACCUGUAGUUCUCAACACUGACAGCACUUUACAAAUCUUGGCCUGGGGGGCCAGCAUUGUAGCACAGCUGGUUAAACCAUCACCUGUGGUACCAGCAUCCCAUGUGGGCGCUGGGUCAAGUUCCAGCUGCCCCACUUCUGAUCAGCUCCCUGCUAAUAGGCCUGGGAAGGCAGCAGAGGGUGACCUAAGUACUUGGGCAUCUGCCACCCAUGUAUGAGACCCAGAAAGAGUUCCAGGCUACUAGCUUUGGCCUGGCUUAUUCCUGGCUGAUAAAGCCAUUUGGGGAGUGAACCAGUGAAUUUAAGAUCUUUCUGUCCCUGUAACUCUACCUUUCAAAUAAAUAAAUUCUUUAAAAAAAAUAUAAGAAUUUUGGCCUGGGCCCCAUUCUUGAGAGAUUAUUAUUUAAUUGUUUUGAGGUUGAACUUGGACAUAGCUAUUUUUUAAAGCACCAUCUUCCUUCCUUUCCUUUCUUUAAUGUACAGACAGGGUUGAGAACCACUAGACUAAUGGCACUUUUUCCUGUUUAAAGGAGAAAACUAAUUUGAGAUGGAGCAAAGCUUCUUUAAUUAACUUUAUUUUAUUUUGCUCUCUAUGGUUUCUGUCACAAAUUAUUGUGUUGUUACUACCAUUUCACUGUUAAAGAAAUAAAGUUUGUGUUUGUGUUAUGUA